AUGCAAGACUCUCCCAACUCUCUGUCCGGCUCCUCAUCUUCAUCCGCUUCUGGGGACUGGCAGUUCUCUAGACGCACCCUCUCCCACACACCAUCUCCACCAGCUGCCAAACCGGACCAGGAGAUGCAAGUCACUACCAACUCUCUGUCUGGCUCCUCGUCUUCAUCCGCUUCUGGGGACUGGCAGUUCUCUAGACGCACCCUCUCCCGCACACCAUCUCCACCAGCUGCCAAACCGGACCAGGAGAUGCAAGGCACUACCAACUCUCUGUCCGGCUCCUCGUCUUCAUCCGCUUCUGGGGACUGGCAGUUCUCUAGACGCACCCUCUCCCGCACACCAUCUCCACCAGCUGCCAAACCGAACCAGGAGAUGCAAGACUCUACCAACUCUCUGUCCGGCUCCUCGUCUUCAUCCACUUCUGGGGACUGGCAGUUCUCUAGACGCACCCUCUCCCACACACCAUCUCCAUCAGCUGCCAAACUGGACCAGGAGAUGCAAGGCACUACCAACUCUCUGUCCGGCUCCUCGUCUUCAUCUGCUUCUGGGGACUGGCAGUUCUCUAGACACACCCUCUCCCGCACACCAUCUCCAAGGCAAGUCUGGCAUUUUGUUUUAUAA